AUGGAAAGAAGGAUGAAGAACUUCAUCUGGGCAGGGGAAGUGGAUACCUCGAAACCAAUUACAGUGAAGUGGGAGUCUGUUUGCAAACCGAAGGAAGAAGGGGGUUUAGGUAUCAGAAGACUCAGAGACACGAACAUGGCAAUGCUGUGUAAAUUGGUAUGGAGAAUAAAGCAUGAGAAAUCUACUACCAAUUCCUUUCUUAGAGCCAGAUUUGUGAAAAAAGAUGGGUCAUUUAAUAGAGGUUGUCGGCCGUCGUCUAUUGCUCUGGGCAUCAGCAAGGUGUGGAAGACUGUGGAGGCAAACGAACGUUGGAUUAUUGGGAGAGGCGAUCUAGCAAAUUUCUGGAAAGACAAAUGGUGGGGCCCUAGGUCUAUUCUUGAGGAGAUUCAGACUCCUGACCUCCCUCCCCUCCCUUGCAAUGCUAAGGAUCUUGCUCUAUAUGCAAGGACUUCUAAGGGUGAAGUGAAAUCGAUUGCUGAUAUUAUGUGUUGUAGAAAACUGGGGCUGAAGAUUGAUAACCCAAAGAUUGUGCCACCGCUGGAAGUUCAUUGGUCUGAAUUUAGCGUUGUCACGGAAGCAAUAUUGGUUGCUAUGAAUAUGAACGCAAGGGGCUUAUGGAUCGAGUCUGACUCCGCAGCUGUAGUGGCUGCAACUCAGAAGAUGCAUAUCCCUUGGUUUGUUUUACAAAAAUGGCGGUUUGCUCUCCCAUUCCUUCAGUCCAUUACAUGGAAGAUCACCCACUGCUUCCAUGAGGCGAACACUGUGGCAGAAUUUUUGGCAAAGAAGGCAGCAAAAUCGGGAGCCUCUGACUACUCCACCACUUUUCCCAGUCAUAUGCUUAUUGUAGGUGGUUCUGAAACAACAUUCCUCUCCUUAACAUGGGUGCUUUCCUUACUAUUAAACCAUCCCGAUGAGUUAAAAAAGGCGCAAGAUGAGUUGGAUGUCCAUGUUGAAAGAGACAGACAUGUGGAUGAGUUAGAUAUAAAGAGCCUUGUCUAUCUCCAAGCCAUUGUCAAGGAAACACUACGUUUAUACUCACUUGGACCCAUUUUGCCAUGUCAAGCUAUGGAAGAUUGCCAAUUGGGUGGGUAUCAUGUUCCAAAAGGCACCCGUUUACUUGUGAACAUAUGGAAGCUACAUAGAGACCCUAAUGUGUGGUCAAACCUUAAUGAGUUUCGACCUAAGAGAUUUCUCACAACUCAUGCUGAUGUAGACUUUAAAGCCCAGCAAUACGAGUACAUCCCGUUUAGUGUCGGUAGACAGCCAUGCCUUGGUAUCACCUUGGCCACACAUGUCUUCCACUUGGCCCUUGCUCGUGUUCUUCAUGGGUUCGAUGUGAUGAGCCCUUUGCAUGCACCGGUGGACAUGACUGAAGGUGUAAGCAUCACCUUACACAAAGCAAGGCCUCUUCAAGUUCUUCUAACCCCACGUCUCCCUUCUAAGUUUUACAAAGAUUAG